GACCAAUGAAAUCGUUACAUUCAUAUUCUUUUGUUGCGAUCAGCCAAUUAAAUUCGUAGUUGCAAAUCGCAUGUUCUGUACAAUGCGUGGGGACGAAGAUUCGUUCUCUUCACCUUUUAUUGCUCAACGAAGGAAGGCGCUGGUAAAUAUUCUACGAAGUCAAAAUGGGUGAAGAUGGUGAUAUGUUGGAAAAGGAAGCCCUGAGAAAGCUGUUUGUUGGUGGACUAGACAGAAAUACCAGCGAUGAAACCUUCCGGCAACAUUUCGAAAAAUAUGGAAACAUUGUCGACUUAGUCAUUAUUAGAGAUAAGAAUACACAAGAAUCAAAAGGAUUUGGGUUUGUUACCUUCGACUCUUCUUUUGCCGUGAAAGAAGCCCUAGACAAUAGACCACACGUCAUUGACGAGAGGACUGUGGAAGUAAAGCGGGCAAUACCAAGAGAGGAUAACACACAGACGGCACACCAGAGAACGAAAAAGUUGUUUAUUGGAGGUUUACCCGCUAAUAUUACUGAAGAUGAUAUCACCAACUACAUUCAUGAAAAUUAUGCGGUACAUGGCAGAGUUGAAAAGUGUGACUUGAUCAGAAACAAGGAAACCAAUGAGGUUAAAGGAUUUGGAUUUUUGGAAUUGGACAAUGAAGAUAUGGCAGAUGUUAUUAUUAUCACUGAACCAAAACCAAUUGUAGCUGGAAAGAAAAUUGAGAUAAAGAAGUGCGAGGAGAGAGGAGCAGGAGGUGGCCGCGGUGGUGCUGCAGGUGGGAUGCGUGGUAGAGGAGGAAGAGGUGGAAGCAGAGGUGGACGUGGGGGAUAUGGUAGUGACAGGGGUGGAAACCAAUCUGGUGGAGGCUACUGGGGUGGAGUUGGAAGCAAUACUGGAGGUAACAUGUAUGGAGGCUAUGGACAAGGAGGAAUGUAUGGCUCAAGUGGGUAUGGUCAAGACUACAAUGCUGCAUUCAACAACUAUGGUAGCUAUGGUGGUGGAUAUGGUGCCUAUGACCAAUCUGCUUAUGGACAACAGAGUUUUGGGGGUGCUGGUGGACGUGGUGGUGGUAGGGGUGGUGGUAGAUAUCGCCCUUACUAAUCAAGUAGACUUAGUGGCUUAGGUGUUAAAACAGGCUACAAUGACUUACUAAAGCAGAAUUAUUAUCAAUCAAGAAACUUCAGCAAGUCAGGCAGGCCUAGAUGUAUUUUACCAACAUACUUGCCUAGAAGUAACUUCUCUGCAUUAGCUGAUAGGAUAGCCAAUCCUAGAAGUCCAGUUGAAAGUAUUUGAAGCAUUCUGCAACAGAGAAGCAUAGGAUAAGCAGGAAGGAAGUUCACAUCUAUCUAACCUUUAGAACAUUCUAGAUUUUACCUCAUUAUAUGAACUUGUAUUAUAGUUUCUUUGUGCUUUGUAUAAGUGUUUGGUUCUGUAAA